AUGCCAUCAUCAACCAACUCGACAGUUUUGACAAGCUGGUUCUUCGUACGACAAAGGCAAAGGGAGCGAGAGCAGCAGAAUCUUCGACAUCAGCAGGAGAAAGCUGCAAAAGCGAAAGCUAGGGCUGAGCGUCGCGCUCGGUGGCGUGAACGGGGUCGUGCUGAGAGCGAUCUUGACAGUCUUGUCUCCAACACCACGAUAUCAGAUGAGGAUUCCUGGUAUGAGUGUUCCGAUUCGGUUUAA